AUGGCAGAUUACUCAAAUGAUCCUUUCCAAAUGGAUGAGGAUCUUGCAGAAAAUAAACUAUCUGAAGUAGUCAGUGAUGUUCCAAGAUGGUCUAAUAUUCAAAAUGAUAUCACUCCUCGAUAUUCAGACAUGGCGGACUCAAAAAUGUAUAAUGAUGCUGAUGUAAUACGAUCAAGAUUAUCCCAAUUUAAGAUUGGAAAUAGAAGUGAUAUGGAUAACGACCCAGAAGAUAAUGCAGAGGAGCGGACUUACGAAGAGGAUAUAGAUGACAAGUUUGACUAUGACACCCAAGCCAAAAUUGAUGAAGAGAGCAAAGACUUCAACUUUUAUGAUAAACAACCACUAACUCCACCUGAGAAUUUUGCUCCAGUUAUCAAUAAAAUCUAUAGGUCUUCAUUUCCCCAACCACAGAACUUUCCUGUACUCAAGAGGCUCAAGCUAAAAUCAAUCUUAUGUUUGAUUCCAGAGGAAUAUCCCCAGCAGCAUUUGGAUUUUUUCAAAGAGCAAAACAUAGAACUAUUUCAGCUAGGAAUGUCUGGAAACAAAGAGCCGUUUGUGAAAAUUAGUCCUCAAUUGGUCACUGAGGCAAUAAAAAUAGUAUUAAACCCGGAAAAUCAACCCAUAUUAAUACAUUGCAAUCGAGGAAAGCACCGAACCGGCUGUUUAGUUGGUGUUUUGAGAAAAUUACAAAAAUGGUCCUUCACUAUAAUCUUUGACGAAUACAGAAAGUUUGCUGCGCCAAAAGAGAGGCAAAUGGAUCAGCAGUUUAUAGAACUCUACGAUGAGACGGAACUUCUUGAUUAUUGCAAUGAAAGGAACCUUUUACCUAUUCCUUGGGACUGA